AUGGUAGAGCAAGCUCAUGGGAGACUAAAAGGUAUACUUUUCACAAGUCAAAAUGGGAUUGUGACGGUGCAACAUGUUAUCCAUGAGUAUACUAAUAAUGAUAUCAACAAGAUAAGAAAGCAAUUCGAAGAAAGUAAGUACCGGAAGUUGAAGGAGUUUAAGGAGGAUGAUUGGUAUAAAACUCCGAUUUCGAUUGAAGAAAUUGAUCCUUAUUGGAAGAAACUAUCUUUCAUCCCUGCUCCAAGAGAAUAUCCUGGUGAAGAGUUUGGCGACAUAGAACUUGGGGGAAUAAUCCUUGACAAGUACCAUAUAUUGAACAGCACAGAUGCUGCUUUAGAGAAUUUUAAGCAGCGGUGGGAAUUGUUUAGAGUGGCGUGUGAUCAAGCCGAGGAAUUUGUCGAAUCUGUGAAACAACGAAUAGGAUCGGGAUGUCUUGUUGAUGAAGCAACUGGUUCUUCAGUUACAGGGAAAUCUGGGCAAACUACCACUGGACUUCCACCUAUUAGUGCUGUUCGUUUGGAACAGAUGAGUAAGGCUGUAAGAUGGCUUGUAAUUGAACUCCAACAAGGUUCUGGUGCAUCGGCUGCAGCUGCUCAUACUCCAUCUUCUGUUCCUUUUGAUGCCCGUUUUUCUGAAGAUGCAGGCCAGUAGGUAGGAAUUCAGCAUGGUGAUUAUUGAGAGUUAAAACAUGCAUAGGAGAAUCUUUCAGAGUAC